AUGGCCUCUUAUGUAAAUUGUCUCAAAGUCUCCGAUGAAUGUCCAAUCUCUGCGACAGCAUAUGGGUAUACGCCAUCCCUGGCAGCUAACGCUACAUUGCUAGCAAUCUUCAGUAUCAUUACGCUGGCGCAAAUGAUACAGGGUGUGAAGUAUCGGACUUGGGGAUUUAUGGCUACAUUUGUACUAGGAAGUUUGUGUGAAGUAGUUGGGUAUGCUGGGAGAGUAAUGAUGGCAUCUAAUCCAUGGAGUCAUGUUGGCCUCACUCUCCAAAGCCUCUGCCUUACAAUCGGACCCCUUUUCUUCCUCAACGGAGUGUUCCUCUGCUACACAAAUAUAAUCGAAACAUAUAGCCCAACCCUCUCGCGCAUAAACCUCAUCACCUACCCCUUAAUAGCCACCUCUACAACACUCCUUCCCUUCAUCCUCCUGACCUCCGGGUCUCUUCUCCAAAGCACCUCUGCGAUUGGCUUCACUCCAUCUUCAUACCUGCCUAUCGGCUCUCAUCUCGUCAUCGCCGGCUUAAGUUUCCAACUUCUUGCGAUGAUCUGUUUCGGUCUGCUCCAUGCCGAUUUCAAAGUCCAAGUUCGUGCCUAUCCCGAGCAACUCAAUGCUUAUACAGAAAAUACACGUUCCUCCCGCCGCUUCAGAUUCUUUUAUGCUGCGCUUCCGCUAGCUUUCUUGGGGGUCGGAGUUAGUGUGGUUUAUAGAAUGGCUGUGUUGGGACAAGGAUGGGGUAUGGGAAUGAUGAAGAAUGAGGUUGCGUUUGUUUGUCUGGAGGGGAUAAUUGUGGCAAUUGCGGGAUCUGGACUGUCGCUUCUGCACCCGGGAUAUGUGUUUAGGCCAACGGAGUACAUUAAUCAGUGGAGCGCAAAGAUAAUCGCGGAGGAGAAGUUGGAAGACGCUUGGAAUUGA